AUGGUGAAACAAGGAAGGAAGAUGAGGACGCGCAACACGGUAUCGGACUCGGAGACGCCAGCAAUGAGGACUCGAUUGCAUAACUCAGAGAACGGCGACGAUGAUCCGGAUGUUGAAGUUGCUCCGCCUCUCGUUGCUCCGAUUCAUCGCGCUACUCAAGGAUCGACAUUCUCUGGUAUACAAUCCAUCGAUAAUACUCACAGUCCUUACUUCUUGCAUUCGGUUGAUCAUCCCGGUUUAGUUAUUGCGACUCAGAAGUUAGAUGGAAUGAAUUACAAUAACUGGUAUAUUGCUAUGAGAAUGAGCUUAGAUGCUAAGAACAAGAUUGGAUUUUUGGAUGGAUCGUUGAUUAGGCCAGAUGUUAAUGAUCCUCUUUUCAAGAUUUGGAGUCGUUGCAACAGCAUGGUCAAAUCUUGGCUUCUCAAUACUGUGAAUAAGAAGAUCUAUGACAGUAUAUUGUACUAUGAGGAUGCUGUUGAGAUGUGGAAUGAUUUGAACACAAGAUUUCGAGUGAGUAACCUUCCUCGCAAGUAUCAACUGGAGCAGUCUAUUGCGACACUUAAGCAAGGAAACAUGGAUCUUUCUGCAUAUUACACCAAGAAGAAGACUCUUUGGGAACAAUUAUCCAACACGAGGAUAACAACAGCUCGGAGAUGCAGUUGUGAUCAUGUUAAGGAGCUCUUAGAGGAGGCAGAAACCAGCAGAAUCAUCCAGUUUCUUAUGGGAUUGAAUGAGAAUUUUGCUAACAUUAGUGGUCAAAUACUCAACAUGAAACCUCGUACGAGCUGGACGGAAAUCUAUAAUAUUUUGGAUCAAGAUGAGAGUCAAAGGAUUGUUGGUUCAUCUCAGAGAUUGAAUCCUCCUCCAACAGCUUUCCAAGUUCAAGACUCUACGGUUUCUGACCCGAAUCAGAUUUUGCUAGCUCAAGGUGGUUAUCACAAAGUCAAGUGCUCGUAUUGCUCUCGCCUUGGUCAUACGGUGGACAAGUGUUACAAGAAGCAUGGAUAUCCUCCAGGCAUGUUCAAAGGGAGAAAGCCAUCAACUGUUGCUUCUACAAACAUGGCUCUGUCCCAGUCAACUGUGAGUAAUGAGAAGGACAAGGACGAUGCUUCUAGGGUGAUCAAAUGUCAAAGGAUCAAAUCCAGUCGAUGA